UUUUUCUGAAGCAUAAAGUUGGUAGCAGUAGGACCCUGCAGAUUGUUAUGGACCAGGCAUCCAUCAACACAAACGUUGGACACAAGCACACCUUUACGGGGUCUCUGCCAGGGACAAGGAUGUAGGCUAAGAAAGAAACCCCAAAGAAAGUUCAACACAAUAACAAAAAGUUUCGGCAUUGAGCCAUGUCAUUGGCUGCCUAACACUAGACAGGAAAAUUCGAUGGUUUCUGAUGUCAAACUAGAGACAGAUUCCUACUAUAUGUAUGACAAGCAGUAGCGACCGCAUAUUUUCUGCCUCAUCUUCUCACAUUACAACUAGUUUCAACAAAGGCAACGUAAACACUCACCUGGAGGACAAGAUGAGCGCUUCAGUGGCUGUGUACCGAAAUAUUUACACCGAGGACCGGUUCAGACAGUCGUACGGUACCGAAGACAAGCCCCGUGGAGGUGGUCAACGUUUUCGGGAGAAGAUCGCGGAACGGUGCAGGUGUUCCCGUGCAGCAUGCCUUCACCUGUUGAGGGAACGAAUUCCCAUUUUUAACUGGCUGCCGAAGUACAGGCUGAAAAAAUGGAUGCUAGGUGAUACAAUAGCGGGACUAACAGUCGGUAUACUUCACAUUCCACAAGGUAUGGCCUUUGCCUUACUGACGUCAGUGGCGCCCAUCUAUGGCCUCUACACCUCCUUCUUCCCUGUGGUUCUCUACAUGCUGUUUGGCACAGGACGGCAUGUAUCCACUGGUACCUUUGCAGUGGUGAGCCUGAUGACAGGCUCAGUGGUGGAACAGCUGGUGCCCACCCCUCUACAGCUCAACUCCUCCAGUCAAGAGGCUGCAGACUUUGAGGCCCAGAGGAUUGGGGUUGCCUCCGCUGUAGCCCUACUCUCAGGGAUCAUGAUGCUCUGUAUGUUUGGGCUACAGCUGGGUUUCCUCUCUACAUACCUGUCAGAGCCCAUCGUCAAGGCAUUCACCAGCGCUGCAGCCUUCCACGUCACCAUCUCACAGCUGCAAAGCAUGCUGGGACUGCGGCUCCCCCGCCACACCGGCCCCUUCUCACUCUUCAAGACCCUUGCGUCUGUCAUAGAGAACCUUCCCCAAACCAACAUGGCUGAGCUACUGACCUCCCUGGUGUGUCUGGCCAUCCUGGUACCGGUCAAAGAAGUCAACAUGAGAUUCCGACAGUACCUACGCACACCCAUCCCCGUAGAGAUCCUCACGGUGAUAAUAGCUACAGGAGUGGCCUAUGCUUCCUCUCUGGACUCAAACUAUGACGUUCAGAUAGUGGGACACAUUCCUGCAGGCUUCCCUAGUCCACGGAUGCCUGCCUUGCACAAGUUGCCUGAGAUCGCUGGAGACACGGUCGCCAUUACGUUUGUGGGUUACGCUGUGUCCGUCUCACUGGCAAUGAUCUACGCAGACAAGCACGGCUACUCCAUCCAACCCAACCAGGAGCUCCUGGCCCAUGGUAUCUCCAACACAGUGUCGUCUCUCUUCACCUGUUUCCCCAGCUCAGCCACUCUGGCCACCACCAACAUCCUGGAGAGUUCUGGGGGAUUCACACAGCUCUCUGGCUUGUUCACCAGUCUGGUGGUUCUGAUAGUUCUACUGCUGAUUGGACCUCUCUUCUACUUCCUGCCCAAGGCAGUGCUGGCCUGUAUCAAUGUCACCAGCCUCAGGCAGAUGUUUCUACAGUUCCAGGACCUGCCAGACCUCUGGCGAGUCAGCAAGAUUGACUUCGUAGUGUGGCUGGUGACUUGGCUGUCUGUUGUGGUCCUGAAUGUCGAUAUGGGUCUGGCUAUUGGAGUGGUCUUCUCGAUGAUGACAGUCAUCUGUCGCACACAGAGGGCUGGGUGUUCCGUGCUGGGCAGAGCGAGCAACACAGAGAUCUACAGACCUUUAGAGAACCACAACAAGUGCUAUGAAGUUCCAGGUGUAAAGAUCCUGACAUACAACGGGCCCAUCUACUAUGGCAACCGCAGCUUCUUCAGAGAGGACAUGAGUCGUCUGCUGGGCCUCACCCCAGAGAGGAUCCGCAGUAGAGAGAAGGCCAGGAAGGCCCUGGAGAAGAGGGAAAGAGAGGCUGUCAGCACUGUGGAGAGAGGUGUCGCAAACACAUCAUUUUCAUCUGAGAAUGAGUUCUUUAAAUCUGAAACAGCUGAAAGUGAAGUCCAGGCAGUACUAAUAGAUUGCAGCAGUGUGAUUUUUGUCGAUGUUGCUGGAGCCAGACUCUUCAUACAGAUGUGUAUUGAAUGCCAGAAAGUUGGGGUUUGCAUAUAUUUGGCCAAUUGCAAUGAGAGUGUUCUGAGGAUCCUAACCUCCAGUGGACUGAUGAACUACAUGAACCCACAACACAUCUUUGUUACGGUCCACGAUGCUGUGAUGUACAUUCAACAACAGAAGGAGCAAACUCCAGAAAACACGACUACCGUUUGGGUGUGAGAUGGUUGGUCGGCCAUUUUACACGUCAAGAUGAACUGAUAGGCAGUAACAUGCACGAUACAGACCAGGGGGGAAAACAUCUCUCCCUCUACAAUCGCUGUACAUCAAGGUUUGUUCCUGGUCUAAGACAGGUGCAGUGCUGUGUUAAAUGUGUAUACUAGUAUGCCAUGGUUGGGCUUCAAGAAGGGAGCAGCGUAUUGUAGCAUUUCCGUAUGAAAUGAAGGGUCAAUCCCAGUAUUUUAAAUAAGUAUUUUGAAGGAACAAUACUGAAGAGACUUGCACAAGUGACCACAAUGUUGGCAGAGCACGUAUGACGCAUAAAGUACUCCUGCUACUCACUGGAAUCCAGGAGAAGAGGCCAAUGAGAGAUGUUUAUCUACUACAAUAACCCUAGUAAACACAAAUAUAUACAUUAUUUGAUUAUUAUCUGUUAAAACAUUGCUUAUUAUAUCUGAAUGCUGGAGAAAUAGUGGCCAACCAUUACUGGUAUUUGUUUUGUAAUUCUGUCAUACAAAAGUGAAUAUUAUUCCGUUGGAUAAAAUGCACUGAAUGCUUUCUUAAAAGGGAAACAUGUAUAUUCACGUGAAAUAAUGCCUUGUGUGUUGUAAAUGUAUAUUUCUGUGUACUGUACAUUGUGUUUAUAAUGAAAUGCACUGCAGAAAAGGAGUGAAAUUACGUACAGAUACCUGUAUUGUCUGCAACUGUAAUGUCCUCCGGCAGUUUUUGUAAUACUUUUAUUGAGUUCUUUUACCAUAAACAUGCUCGAAAUGUACAGCUUACCUGGUCACUUUUACAUUUGUGGGAUUUAGCAAUACUGAUUAUGGUGCAUUCUCUAGACAAGUUAAAUUCCUGAAAUACAUAUUCUAAGUACAAACUACCAGAUUUUGACAAAAUAUAUCUAUAUUUUUUAUCUAAUACAGUACGCACAAACAGACUAGUUUACAUUUCUAAUUCUUUCCCUGAAGACCCAAUUUAACCCAGAGAGACUGAAGGUGGAAUGUCAGGCAUGCCUGUCUGAUUGACAGAUUGGGAAGAAGACAAAAGAGUCUUUGGUUUUGUUCAGUCGGUCAGUGUGUCAGACAGUGAAGAAUGGGGAAUAGGGGUGCAGCCAUACAGUGGAUGGGCCUUGGAGGGCAUAGGCCCACCCACUUGGCAGCCAGGCCCAUCUACUGGGGAGCCAAGGCCCAGUCAAUCAGAAUGGGUUUUUCUCCACAAGAAGGCUUUACUACAGACAGAAAUACUCCUCAUCAGGUGUAUUAACGGAAUGCUUUUAUGAGCAUGAAAAUGAUGUAAACCGUAUGCCGUGGCCGUCUCAGUCACCAGAUCUCAUCCCAAUUGAACACUUAUGGGAGAUUCUGGAGCGGCGCCUGAGACUGUGUUUUCUACCACCAUAAACAAAACACCAAGUGAUGGAAUUUCUUGUGGAAGAGUGGUGUCGCUUGCAUCCCUCCAAUAGAGUUCCAGACACUUGUAGAAUCUAUGCCAUUGCAAUUUUACAUACCAUUUUACAAAAGCAACCUGAAAUCCAUAUAAAAUAUAUUCUAUAUUAGAAAAACCAAUAACAAUUUGAUGGCUAUUUAACUACAAGUAGAAUAGUCCUGGCUGUGUGUUGUUGUUGAAUCAUAAUUAUCCAAAUAAAUCAGUGGUAAAGUGUUAAUACAGUACAUAUUUUGAAAUCAUUUAUAUUUUUCACACAAUGACAUACUGUAGCUGAUAUGCGAUUAGGCCUGAGUAGAACUGCGUAGCAUACAUACUGCCCUAUGCUGUCAUAGGCCUUUCUAGGGCCUUCCAGCGUUGAGCCGAGCCCUUCUUAGUGCUUCAUCAUAAUCACAUUACCUUGACCUGAUAAAACUGUAUGUGGUACGAGUUCAAAAACAGGGCCCAAAAAAAUCCAAACUAACUAAUUAUUUGCUUCCUUGAUGUCGGAUGCCCAUGGAUGGAAGUUAUUCAUUUUUAUCCCGUGCAUAUUUCAAAGAACCCUCUAGACAGUUGCACCCUUCGGGUUUUCUCCCUUUAAAGCUCAAGGAGUGUUUUACUAAUUGGCAGGCAGGAAGGAAGUAGCCCACUUCAAUUAAAGCGUCCAUGGUGGUACACAACACAAGACUCACUCUGGCCAAGUGUUUACAAAGGCUGCUAUACCUCUAGCAGACCUCAAUUCCCUUCCGCUCAUGCCGACACUAACUGAAACAUCAAACUAAUCUAAAGGUUUUGGACACACGCCACGAGCACAUGUAUGCACACACAUGCAUGCACACACGCACACACACAUACAUUGUACAGGUGUUUGACCAUCUACAAAUACAAAACCCUUCAUAGAGGGUCUUCUUUAAUCUCAUCUUCUCUAAUGUAAAACAUGUCAAGUGUGGUAUCCCGCAAGGCAGCUUUCUUGGCCCUUUACUGUUAUAUUUUUACUAAUGAUCUACUACUAGAUUUAAACAAAGCCUGUAUAUGCUGAUGAUUCAACAUUAUAAACAUUCGCAACCACAGCUAGUGAAAUCACUGCAACCCUAAACAAAGAGCUGCAGUCAAUUUGGCAUGGGUGGCUAGUAAUAAACUAGUCCUGAACAUAUCUAAAACUAAAAGCAUUGUAUUUAGUACAAAUCAUUCCUUAAAUUCUAGACCUCAGCUGCAUCUGGUAAUGAAUUAUGUGGCUGUUGAGCAUGUUGAGAAGACUAAACUUCUUGGUGUCACCUAAGACAACUUGUCAUGGCAGAUUGAUUCAAUUGAUUCAAGAUGGGGAGAGGUCUGUCUGAGAUAUGUCAUUUUUAACACCAGAGUCGACCCAACAAGUCCUGCAGGCUCCAGUUUGAUCUUAUCUUGACUAUUGCCCAGUGAUAUGGUCAAGUGCUGCAAAGAAGGAGCUAGAGAAUUUGCAGCUGGCCCAGAACUAUGCAACACGUAUAGCCCUUCAAUGUACACAGAGGGCUAAUCUCAACCGUAUGCAUGUCAGACUCUCUUGGCUCAAAGUAGAUGAAAGAUUGACUGCAUCAAACCUUGUUUUUGUGAGAAAUAUCAAUGUGUUGGAAAUUCCAAAUUGUCUGUAUAAUCAACUUACAUAUAGCUCUGACAGACAUACUUACCCCACAAGACACUUCGCAGUCCCCAGGUUCAGAAAUUCAAGAAAAUGUACAGUAUUAUGUAAAUGACUGCAUGGAACUCCCCUCCAUCUCCUUUGGCGCUAGUAAACAGCAAACCUGGUUUUUAAAAAACAAGAAAGCAACACCUCACGGCACAAUUCCUCUCCCUCAUGUGACCAAAUGUAUGUGUGUAUGUACUGACACUGUAUGUGUAAAUGACAGAUGCACACACACACACACACACACACACACACACACACACACACACACACACACACACACACACACACACACACACACACACACACACACACACACACAUUAUUCAUCUUUAGUUGUGUUGUUUCUUUUUUGUUGUUGUACAUUUUUGCCUUUAGUUGUAGUUUUUUUUUAUUACAUUUUUACAUAUAAAUGUAUGUGAAGUA